AUGGCUCCGGGAUCUUCUACCGGAGCCCAAUCUGGGCCGGACAGCAGAAAGCGAAAGGCCGACACAUCGGCAUCGAAUGGCCGUAGGGAGAAGCGCUCUGUGGUUCAUUCUGCGCGCAGCAUCCCUGCACAGCCCGCCGAAGCUGCACUCAAAGAUGGCGAACUUGAUCUCCAGGCUUUUGUGGCUGCCCACGAGUUCGAGGUUCGCGCACUUGAGCAGAGCAUGGCCACAUCGAAAGCUGUUGCUACCAGUCGCGCCUUUCAGAAGGUACCAAGAGGCUUACGCCGCCGCACGGCGAGUCACAACCCCAAACGGGUGCCUCGCCGACUGCGAAAGCGAGCUUUCAAAGAAAUGAAAGACGACAACACUCCGGUUGUCGAAGCCAGAAGGAGGAAACCCAGAACAACGCGAGCGAAAAUAAGAUCCGAAACAGCACGAAAGUUGGGAAUAUUGGCAGCGAGGAAACGCAAGGCUAGCCAGGCGAAGGCGAAGGCGAAGCAGGAUGGAGAUGUCAGUAAAGACAAAGCAUUAGCUGUAAUAGGAAGACCACCGAGACCAAAACUUCGACGAAACGAGCUCAACGAGCCUCCAAAGCCAAAGUCCAAGUUCCGCAAGCGUCAACUGAACAAAACAUGGUUACCAACUCACUCAUGGCAUGCCAAAAGAGCACGCAUGACUGAUCCGUUGGAGCCUUUAUGGCGGUUCGCUAUCCCAUUAACACCAAACGAAAAGAUAUACCGACCUACACAUCGAGCUCAGGGCGAUAGAGGCGCAGUUGUAUGGGAGAUGAGCUACAUGAGCACAAUUGGACUUUACGGUAAACGCGCUGGCAUAGAACGUGUAUUGAAGCGGAUAGGGGUUGUUCAGGAUUCGUGUUGGAAUGACAGGGGAAAGAAGUGGAGGAUCGGAACCCGCUCGUGGACCGGUGUUCUAACUCGGACAGUUCAAACGGGAGAGCAGAAUCAAGUCGACCGAAAGAUGAUCGGACCAUGUACUAUCUUAUGGAACCCCGAACCACCGACGCAAGAAGACAAGCAAGAGCUCAAACAAGAAUCGAGACAGGUUUUCUUGAGGAUCCACCCAUCAGCCUUCCUCGAACUGUUUAACGAGUUACUAUCUUUAAUAAAGCAGGAAAACCCUCGGCUUUACAUCGAAGAUCUCCGGUUUGAGAUUGGAAGCUUAGACUUGACAGGACCGGGAUCUACAGAAGCUCUGCUAGCUAUAUUACGGCUGGCCGGGUUGACAAAUGCGGCCACUCUCCCUGCUGGCGCAGUGUUAGGGUUCUCGGUGCAGGAUCCCCGUCUUCAAUAUCCUCCAAUUCGCCUUGAGGUUCCCGAAGACCCAGAGUCACAACUUCAACUCCUCGAAAGGAUAACGCCGUGGCUGGCCGAGGAUGGUUUGAACCCGUAUGCCUUAUUCGAUCGCGACACUCGCCAUGCCGCGUCCUGCUUCCCUUCACAAAAACAAAUCGAUAGACGACGAGCAAAAAAUGCUCCCGGAACCACCUUGAAACUCACAGCAGAUGAUCCCCCGAUCCCGGUCAUCCUUUUGGCUUCCCGAACGGAUAGAGGCACACAGAAGCAAGGUACAUGGACUCUGCUUGCACCAUGGAAGUGUAUACAGCAUCUAUGGUACUGCUUGGUGCAUUAUCCCCUUUCUUCAGGGGGUAACCCACGAUUCGCAGGUCUGAACGAGAUCCGCCAGGUUGCCUUCGAACGAGGCCAAGCUUGGUUCCCUGGGGACUAUCCGGGAACCAAGGCGGGUGCUGCAUGGGAGCUCGAAGAGCGUCGAAAAAGAAAAGCGGCUUGGGAGAAACGACCAAAGAGCAAGAGAACCGCAUGGGAAUCACUUGAUCUGGGCGGUGGGAGGAAGGGCGAGAUUGGCGAUGGCUUCGCUAGCGAUUUUGAGCUGUUGUUCAAUGCAGCAGGUUCACAAACUAGCGAUGAGAACAAUACUGAGGGCGCGAUGGACGUGGACCAGGACGAAAAUCCAGCUUCAACACAAGUAUCGAAGCAACAAGAGCCACGCAUUUACCAGCUGCGUCAAAUCACGAAAGAUGUUUUUGACCAAGCCGUCACUUCUCCGUCUACCCCUUCAACAAUACCGAUAAACGCUCUUCUUGGAGUCCGUAUAUCUCUAAUCUCUAGGGGCGUUGUCACACCCUGUGCUCGCAUCUACCGCCUUCCAUCUCGUCCUACCACAGCUCCACAGUCCUCUGAAGCCGAAGUCCCUGCCACUAUUCCCCCGGGUUCAUUAUCUACGCCCUCCUCGCUUCCCUACGAUCUUCGGUCCCAAUGGCUCUCUCAGGCCCGGCCGUCUCUGUCCACAAAGAACAAAACAUCCAGAACCUCGACGCCCCGCGACUUGGAAUUUCUGAAGCGUCAACUUGCUGCUGAACUUGUCUCUAAACCUGCUCCUUACCCCUUUUCGCCGGCUAAUGAAUCCGACAUGAAUGGCCAUCCCCUUGUUCCUAACGCCGAAGAUCUCGUUGGUUUCGUCACCGCCGGAUCAUUUAGUCUAAGUGAGGGGCACGGUAUGGCCAUUGGUUCAAUCGCGAUAGACAAGGUGUUAGACGAUGUCAAGCAAAACGCAAAGGAAGGACGAUAUUGUAUUGUUAGAAAUGCGGGUGAGAGCGUCGGGUGGCUUGCAAAAUGGGAGGCUGUCUAA